UCGGCGCGGGGCGGUGACGUCAGGGGCGCGCCGGCCGGUGGCUUGAGAGUCCGUGAGUUCCGCGUGGGGCGGCGGCGGCGGCAUGGAGCGGGACCCCAGCCCCGGGGGCGCGCGCCGGGCGCUGGGCCGCCUGCUGGAGGCGGUGCUGGCGAGUCGCCGCGAGGCCAACGCCGUGUUCGACAUCCUGGCCGUGCUGCAGUCGGAGGACCCGGAGGAGACCCAGGAAGCGGUGCGCGCGUGCAGCCGCCUAUUCGGGGCCCUGCUGGAGCGGGGAGAGCUGUUUGUGGGCCAGCUGCCCUCUGAGGACACGGUCAUGGCAGGGCCCCAGGGGGCGACGCGGAAGUACAAGGUGUGGAUGAGACACAGGUACCACAGCUGCUGUAACCGCCUGCGGGAGCUUCUGGCCCACCCCUCCUUUGAGGUCAAGGAGCUGGCUCUCAGCACGCUCAUGAAGUUCGUACAGCUGGAGGGAGCACAUCCCCUGGAGAAACCCACGUGGGAGGGCAACUACCUGUUCCCUCGCCAGCUUUUCAAGUCGGUGGUGGAAGGCCUGCUGUCUCCGGAGGAGGACCACUCGCUGCUGGUGUCGCGGUUCCAGGAGUACCUAGAGCACGACGACAUCCGCUACCACACGAUGCAGGCGGCCACGGGUGUCGUGGGCCAGGCGGCUGACAGGUACCCCGAGGUGCCGCCUGCUUUCUGGAACAACGCCUUCGCGCUGCUGUCUGCCGUGAGCCUCCCCUGCCAGGAGAUCAGCUCCUCCAGCUUCUACGUGAAACGCGCUGAGCUGUCGCACAAGUGGAAGGUCGCUCAUCUGAAGGAGCACAAGAAGGCCUUCCAGCUGAUGUGGCUUGGCUUUCUCAAGCACAAGCUGCCCCUCAGCCUGUACAAGAAGGUGCUGGUGAUCAUGCACGAUGCCAUCCUGCCCCACCUGGCCCAGCCCACCCUCAUGAUCGACUUCCUUACCCGCGCCUACGACGUGGGGGGCGCCAUCAGCCUGUUGGCCUUGAACGGACUUUUCAUCCUGAUUCACAAGCACAACCUCGAGUACCCUGAUUUCUACCGGAAACUCUACGGUCUCCUGGACCCGUCUGUCUUCCACGUCAAGUAUCGGGCCCGGUUUUUCCACCUGGCCGACCUCUUCCUGUCGUCCUCCCAUCUGCCCGCCUACCUGGUGGCUGCCUUCGCCAAGCGCUUGUCCCGCCUGGCGCUGACGGCGCCCCCCGAGGCCUUGCUCAUGGUGCUGCCCUUCAUCUGCAACCUGCUGCGCCGACACCCCGCCUGCCGCGUGCUGGUACACCGCCCGCUGGGCCCCGAGCUGGAUGCCGACCCCUACGACCCUGCAGAGGAGGACCCGGCCAAGAGCCGCGCCCUGGAGAGCUCGCUGUGGGAGCUGCAGACCCUCCAGCGGCAUUACCACCCUGAGGUGUCGCAGGCCGCCAGCGUCAUCAACCAGGCGCUGUCGGUGCCUGAGACCAGCAUCGCACCCCUGCUGGAGCUCACGGCGUUCGAGGUGUUCGAGCGGGACCUGAAGAAGAAGAGGGGCCAGGAGCCGGUGCCCCUGGAGUUCCUCCCGGCGCAGGGGCUGCUGGGCCGGCAGGAUGAUCUCUGCGCCCAGCACUUCACGCUCAGCUGACCCUGAGCGCCCGCUCCCCUCCCUCACCCGUGGUUUUGUAGGAGAGAGAUGGGGGUGGGCUGUGGGUGGCGGGGCGGAGUCCGGGGAGCGCUGGCCUGUCUUCUGACUGCUCCGGCGGCCGGGUCUGCAGGCUGGUGGUCACAGUGCCGGCCGUGCACGGAGGGCGCCUCGUGUCCACCCGCGGCCCCCCACGCCUGCCCCCCGCCUCUUCUCUCCUCCGGAAGUCUCUCCCUUAGCCAGAGCCCGGGUGGGCGUGGGGCCAGGGUGGGGGUCGGGGGCUGCGGCCACACGGGGCUCUGGGUGCACUGGGGGGUGGCUUCUGCCAGCCCUGUGUGACCCCCGGGCCCCUUAAGUCCGAGCGUCUGGGCCACACCCCCUCCCUGCUGCAGCUGGACUGUGACCUGGGAGCGACAGUGAGGGUUCUCCCGGUUAGUCGUGGGCAGCACGGAGCACAAGCCACCUGUUCCCAGUCGAGCUGAGGAGGACCUACCUCCCCGUGGUCCCAGGUGCGCGGUGGGCGUGUCUGCCCCACGAGGGGCAGUUACGGGUGGAGCCACCUGAACUGUCGCGGCCCCGAGUGGCGUGGGUGCUGGCAGCUGCAGGCCGGUCGUUUGCUGUGUUUCCGGGCUCUUUCUUCAAGGCCCCGUUUCUGCCGGGCGAGCUUGGUUCCCCUCCGGCGUGAGUCCGGCUUCCUCUUAAAAAGCGUCUUGUUUAGGGAGAGAGUCACGUGAGCGAUAGCCGCUCCCGUGGGCUUGGGGGCCUGGCGGAGAUGCAGGUGUGGGUGCAGAGCCAGGGAGGGGGCGUCCCUGGUUCUGCAGCCUCUUGCCUGAGCACCCCCUCCCCGCCCCCACGGGAGCACCUGGAGUCACAGCGGGCAGUGGUUUGGCCGCUUGGGUCUUAGGGAGCUGCCCCGGUGGCCCAGGACCCUUGUGUGCCUGGUGGGGAUGCUGGGUGAGGGGUGAAGGGGUGCUGCUUCUACGUACACCUGUGUGGUUUUAGGGACGCUAGCGCCCCGCCCCCUGGUGGUACCGUCCUGGCCCCAUCUCGAGUCCGCUUCUGCCCCCGGGCCUUUGCGCGCUGCCUUCUCUGCAGCUUUGCUCUCUGCUCCUGCCUGCGGACCCCAAGCCGAGGGCGGCCUCAGGGAAGCCUCUGCCCGGCAUCCCGUCGGUAACAGCUCCGGGCAUGCACGUGGGCGCCGCCUGUUCACGGCCCCGCUGCCGUCGGUGCCCCGUGGACGGUCCCUGCCACCCUCCCCAGAGACCGAGGGAAGCUCGUCACGACCUGGUCCUCGUCUGGUCCCCGGGGCCCGGGACUCACCCGGCACAGAGGAGGGGCGCGUACACGUCUGUGGUAGAAGGGCCCGGGGGUCCUGAGCCGCCUGCUUCCGGCACAGUUCGGCACGUCUGAGGCCGUCCCGGCCCCAGCUGAGCCCCGGCACGGGGACACCGGGGGCAGCCCUGGGAGGGCUGAGGCCUCACGCUGAUUGAGAGAGAUGCCAUCCUGCUUUUUAACGUAAAACUACAGGACUCUUAUCAAGCAGGUUUUCUCGAUUGUUGCAGCAUCGGCAUCGUGUGCUGUCGGUAGCCUUCCUCCUUCCGGCGGGUCCGGGGCUCACCCCUGCACGCCCCGCCCGCGACACCCCCUCACCCCCGCGCCUGGGCAGCUGCGCUUUGUGGUGUUUCUCGACCUCUGGGCCCCAUGGCCCCGGGGGCAGGUGGCUGAGGGGACACAGGGCGGGGACAGAUGGAGAAGACCGGCAGGGAGGUGCCCCUGGGACCUGAGCACCUGAUGGCCGUCAGGGCUGGGCUUUCAGGGGCUCGAGAACCGUCUGGGAUCUGAGUAAAAGACCCCUGGGGCCCGGGGUCUGCGUUUGCAGGGGCUCCCAAGCCGGGGGGGGGGGGGGGCAUGGUGACCGGAGGUCUGCAGGCGGCGCCCCCUGCGCUGAGGGCCCUUCUCCCCGGCAGCUCCCAGCCCGCGGCCCCGGGGCCUCCGUGUCCUCCCGUGGAGCCGUGUCCCGCCCUGACUCCCUGAGGCGCUGACGGCCGGCGUCGUGCACUUCAGUGGUCCGAGUGCCGUCAGCUCCGCGAUGGCAGAGCCGUGUGCCUCGCCCCCUUGUCCGCGAGUGUCCCAGCACCCGGGACGGCGGCCUGGCGCCUGUGUGUUUCCUCCAGCUGAUCUCUCAGAACCGGCCUUCCUGGGGGGCCUGGCCCGAGGCGCUGUGGGUUCCCUACAGCACAGAGAACUCUGUGUGGUGCCUUGGGGGGAACUGACCGGGACGGGGACGGGGUGGGGAGGGGGGAGGUCCCUGGAGCCCCGUGGGCGGCAGGGAGGAGCGAGCGGCUCCAGGCUGCCCGGGACAGCAGAGCGGUUAUUUCCUCUCCUGUGAACCGACUGCCUUUUUUCCCAAUUAAGAUGCGGUUCUGGUUUUGUUUAUCAUUUUUAAAUUACAAACGCAAGGCAAAGCUAAUUACGAGUUCCAGUGACACUCGGGCUCUUCCCUGCGAACCUCUCGGCCUUGGUGCCUCUCCCUCUCUCCACCGUUCGUGCCCUCAGGUGCCAGCACUGCCACCCCAGGUCCCCGCCCGAUGUUGACCCUCCUCUCUCGGCUGUGAGCUCCCCUGCCACUCAGCGGUCCUCCCUUGCUGUGCUCCCUCUGGUGCCCACGCAUUCACCUGCCACAAGUCCACGGCAGCCACCCUCGCCCCAGGAGGCCACCCGGCUGGGUCCGCACGAGUUUGUUUGCAGCUGGGGACAUCACACCCUCGCUUGAGUCAAAAGUUUUUAAAAACCAAUUUUGGGCGGAAUUUGAAAUACACACUAAGUACCUUUUUAGUAGAA